GAGUUGACAUGGUCGUACCUCCGAAAAUUGGUACAGUUCUACCUUGUCGAAGGGUUUUAUUAGAACAGUAGGGUAUAGCUGGUCUAUAUUUCGUAGAGUAGUGUUCUGUUCCCGCGCCGCACAACUAGACCCAGUAUACAUUUGGCAUCAUUUAGCAGUACUGUCCCAUAGAACAUCCUCAAGAUGGUCCUGGACCCUCGGGGUGUGGCUUUGGCUCCACAAUAUUGCUUGCAAAAAGCAAGACGGUCAUUUGACAGCAUGCCGCCUCAUGCCGCCAUUUCCAGAUAUUCCGGCGAUGCCUGGUUUGGGGUGCCGAUCGCCGUCGCGAACAAGCUGGCGAGACUCCGCCAUUUGGAUAUCAUCUCCCACGAAGGCGACCGAGUGGUGCUGCACGUUCCUGCUGCGCAGCGUCCGGAACUGCACGAACUGCUCGACCUCAACGCGACGCUGGAAGUGGAGGAUGUGGCGGCGGCACUUGCAGCGUCAUUUCAGCCGUGGAGGGCCCAGAGGGCGAGGGCAUUGGCCGCAAGUGAAUGGGAAAACUGGUUUCAGGACUGGCACCCCCUCUCUGAAAUCGAAGAUAAGCUGGAGAAGCUGGCAGUUCAGUUUGGUGGCAGAGCAACCUUGAUCACACUUGGUACCUCAGCACACGGGCGACCAAUUCGAGCAUUGCAUGUGGGCGUUGGGGAGCCAUACGAAAUCGUGGUGAACGGCUGCAUACAUGCACGUGAGUGGAUUGCUGCGAGUACCGUCAUUUACGUGGCAGAGUGGCUUUUGCGCAACUCCACCAAUAGCGGGCUAGCAUGGACCUUGAUCCCUGUGCUGAAUGUGGAUGGCUACGAGUACACCUGGACCACAGACAGGCUUUGGAGAAAGAAUCGCCAGGAGACUCCGGGCUGCAUGGGCAUCGACCUCAACCGGAAUGCCGACAUCGCAUGGGCCGGCAGCGAUGAUUGUGAUCAGCUCUUCCCUGGGAAGACUCCACUGGAUGCGGUAGAAACCCGUGUGUUGCGGUCGUUUUUGCAGACACGAUCCGUUCGCGGGCGUCUUGUCACUUUUUUCGAUUUGCACUCUGCUGCUCAGAUGGUCCUUUCACCCUAUGCCUACACCAUGGAACCUCCCCUGGCUGAGGAUUCCCUGCGCCUGGCACGUGUAGCGAUCGCGGAUGCCAUGAAUCAGGUGGCGCGGCAGAGCCACCGCUCGAGCUACCACAAGGGUCGGGCUGCCACUACGAUUUACCAAGUUCCUGGGUGCAUUUUUGAUGAUGCACAUGCGAAUUUGCAUGUGCCCUUUUCCUUCGCCAUUGAGUUGCGAGGGCACCACCACUUUCAACAACCUGCCAUAUUGGCGUUGCAAUGUGGCAAGGAACUGACAGCAGGUUUUCUCGCCUUUUUGCCAAUGCUGAACACAUCAUCUCAUUUCGGGGUCUGGGCUCUGGCGAGAAGCCCCAAAGUGCUGGACUCCCUGGAGGUUUUGGUCCAAAAGAAUGUGCUGCUGGUGGGAUGCUUACUAUUUCUGCUUUUAUUUUUGGCCGCCUGCUGCAUAUCUCAAAGACGUGGGAGGUUGCAACAGACUUCCCCGGCCGAUGUGGAUAUGGAGGAGUUGGGAACGAACUAUUUGACCUAUGAAACAGAUGAUGACGUCCAUGGCCUUUUACGUGAAGCCCGCCACGGAUGAAAGUGGAUGAAAGUGGAAUGGUCAUUGGAAUGACCCAGAAGACACCAGCCGUGAAAACCGGUAGGUGAUGGCUACAGAUGGUUUUCCUGUAGAAUUUUGGUGGUUGAUCAUGCAGUCGUCAGAGAAACUGCAGUUUUCAGUUGUUUUAAGAUCGUGAAGCCACUGCGCAGCGACGACAACACUGCAUUUUGCCAGGAGCAUUAUAUGGUGUUUGUUUUUGGCAGGGUGUGGAUUUGUGAGGCAAAGAAGCAAAAAAAGG